UCUGAAUUACAAGCAGAAACAUAUAAAGACAAAUAUUUCCUUUCCACAUAUACUAGUUUAACUUCUCCCGCCGUGAUACCAAUUCCGCACAGCACACUACCACUUUCCAAAACAGUGUCGCAGAUUAGUAGCGCCACACCAACCGGAAAAAGUUUUGAAGCAUUACUGGGAAAUGUAUUUUGUUUUUACUACCGCACUCUGUAAGUAAAUCCGGGAAAAAAAUUACGUAGAACAUAGUGAAUGUCAGUAUUUCGUGAAUCGAAAACUCUUAGAAGAAUUGUCGUACGAUGAUGUAUGUUUUGUCUGAUAAAUCCGCUUGUCUUACAAAUUAAGCAGUGUGGCUAGAUACUUAAUGAUGCGCCAUCUAAAGAUUGGUAGAACCAAUAUGACACUGAGGGUCAUGAUGACGGUGGUAUAGAAAGUCCUUCUUAUUUCUCUGAGCAGUCGGGGAAGGGGUUGGCCGAAAACGGCAGUAGGUGGAUGGAUAGGCCUGUCAUUUGCAAGGAGAAAAUGUGGACUUGAUAAACGAGUAUGUCUGAGUGCAGUGAGACAAAGAUUGAAUGGGACUAAGUUUGUGAACUGGAAGCUGGUGAAGUGAAAAUAUAUGCUGAUGGUUUCAAGCUGAUGACCGCGUUUUUUAGCUGUUGUUACCAGAGGAAUGGAAAAGAGAGGAAGGAGUACAGGCUCGGGCCUAAGGCGCGGUUAUAUUCCAUACUAUACAUAUCCUUCAUCUCAGGGAAUAGAAAUUCAGGAACUAGCUACCAAAAGAGUUGAUAUCCAGAAAAAGAGAUUUUAUCUGGAUGUAAAACAAAGUUCUAGAGGCCGUUUUCUAAAAAUUGCUGAAGUGUGGAUUGGCAGAGGAAGGCAUGAUAAUAUCAGGAAAAGUAAACUGACUCUCUCUAUGACUGUAGCUGCAGAGUUGAGAGACUGCUUGGGAGAUUUCAUAGAACAUUAUGCACAUUUGGGUUUAAGGAGUAGCCAUGGACAAGAACAGGAUCCAAGAAGGAGGCACCAGCAAACAUCACCCUCUGGCUCUGGUGGAUCUGAGGAGCCAUCUCUUGGUGUACUCAAAAGUGAGUACAUAGAGCGAGACAACAGAAAGUAUUAUUUAGAUUUAAAGGAGAAUCAACGUGGAAGAUUCUUAAGGAUUAGACAGACAUUAACAAGAGGACCAGGUAUGAUUGGAUAUUUUGGUCACAACCUGAGUCAGGAGCAAACUAUUGUUUUGCCAGCACAGGGGAUGAUUGAAUUUAGGGAUGCGCUUGUUCAGCUUGUUGAAGAUUAUGGUGAUGGUGAUACAGAAGAACGACAUAUUGUGAGCCAAGAGGAGUCCCCUGACCUUCCAGAAGGAACCUCCUUUCGGGUUGACAAUAAAAGGUUCUACUUUGAUGUGGGAUCUAACAGGUAUGGCAUCUUCCUGAAAGUAAGUGAGGUAAGGCCACCUUACCGUAAUACCAUCACCAUUCCAUAUAAAGUCUGGUCAAGGUUUGGGGACAACUUUAUCAAAUAUGAAGAAGAGAUGCAAAGGAUUUACAACGCUCGGAAAGAAAAGAGAAGCAAUGGAGGUGGAGAUAGUGAAGAGCAAGAAGAUUGAUCUGUUUCCUAUGGUAUAACAUAAAUUUGUUAACUGUAUGGUCAUUUUCCCACUGCAAUAUUGGGGUAUCAGUCUUUUUUCAUUAAUACCUCCAUAUUUUGAAUUUCACAACUGUGACUUGCUCUACAAUUUUGAAACAUAACUUUUAUGGGAGCUUUCUAUGUAUAGGAUAAAGUGUUUGUUUGCUUCUAUAUGUUUUAUUUAGUAGGCUUCAUUAGAAGUGUAUUUAUUACUGGCAAAACAGCACAUUUCCUUAUUUAUGAUUUAAUGUUAUGUGCCCUUUGAUUAGUUUAAGCAUACACAAUACACACACUUGCAAUGAGAAAUCAAGUUCUACCGUCUGUUUCAGAUGCAGUUGACUAAGUUAGCAGAACUUUUAAUUCAGUGUCCAUUCAUAUACAAAGCCACAAGUCUGUAGAACAGUCUAUAAACAACACAUUACAGAUGACACUGUUAGUAUUCAUUUUUGAAGUAAAUCUGAGUAGCAUUUGUGUACACAUUUUAAAUUACUCUGCUGGGACAUAUUUGCACACUUUUUCUUUUGUAGAUAGUAUAUGCACUCAAUUGUUUAUUUGUAUUUUUCAAAAUGUGCAAAAAAAAAGCAAGGACAGUUAUUUCUGCAGAAUUUUAUUGUGUAGGAGCAGAUGAAUCCAGAAUUUAGGUGGUUAGUCUGGUUUGUAGCCAUGUGAUAUUUAGGAGGUUGGGUGCUGCUCCUACUUCGUACAGAACAACUAAAAACUAGCUGUUAGUCUUGCUUGAGACUGUCACUUUACCAACAAUUCAGUAAUAGUAGGUGGACUUACCAGCAGUCAUAAACAUGCAUAAACUAAACAAUUGCUAAUAUUUUGACUGCAUGAACAGUAAUAUUUUUGUAGUAAGUCACGUGCAAUACACUGUGCCUGUUACUGAAUUACUUGAAUUAACCACAUCUCUCAACAUUUAACUCCAGAUUUCAAAACAGUUUAUAUUCAGUAUGACAGUGUGCUGAGUUUGCAGACAGUCACAUAAUGGUUGUGAUUUAGCACUUUGUUCAGCCCCAUGCAUAAAUUGUUUCUGGAGUCUGGCCAUUUGUGUGCUUGUGCACCUGCAGUAGGUUGUAGGCCACAAAGAAUGUCACUGUGACCUUUUGCUGAUCCAUUCUAAACAGCUUUAUGUUUGCAGUUCAGAAGGGUGAGUUAAGUUGUCUGUUUUUGCAGACACAGAAACAGCACAUCAUUGUGGUAGUGUACAAGUGCUAAUCCAAUUUUAAAGUGGAGUGCUACAUGUUUUCAGUUUUUCACCAGUACACAUUCACCUUGGAGUAACUAUGACAAUGCUAAUUCACAGAUUUUCAGGGAUAUUCCUGUGAAAGUAAUUUCGGUUUUACCAUAUGAAUAAAAACAUCUAUCUUAAACAUUA